AUGUCUCUCCAUACCUCCUACCAUGAUGCCGAUUCCGAUGCGGAUGACGAGUAUGAGCGCAGUGUGAUUACAUCCCCGCACCUUCAAACAGACUCCGAGAUUUCUCCUAUUGAUUCCGAUAUUACUUCAUCCGAACAUACACCAACCAAAUACGGCCACCCUAGCGAUAUCCCGCGCACUCCCCGAGCAAUCAUCUCUGACUGGACAGCCGAUGAAUGUGCGGAAUUCCUGACGUCGUUAGGUUUACUGCAGUACUGUGGAAACUUUCGAGAAAAUGGAAUCGUGGGAGAGGCACUCGUCGCAUUAAGACACGAUGAAUUGAAGGAAAUGGGUAUCAACAGUGUCGGACAUCGAUUAACUAUUCUGAAGAGUGUCUACGAAAUCAAAAUUAGACAGAAUGUUCCGCUCGAUGUCGACCACUACAUCCCACUCUCUGCGGAUCAGAGCAUGAAUGAAAACGCAACGCAGGAUGAUAUUGCCCGUUUAAUCCAAUCUAUUCAGAUUCGAGAUCAAAAGAUAUAUUCAGUCGAAGGAGAGUUGCGUCGUCUCGCGGACGAGUACCGCCGGCUACGAGAAGAAAUUCUACCCAUGAUCAAGAUGGCCAAAGAUCGAUCGCAACCAUUACCACCUUUCACAAUGGACCCUCCCAGAGACAAUCAUCAUGACAGCGCAACUCUCGUAUCACCCUCUCAGAUUACCCUUACAGACAAUCCCCCCUCAUCGAAACUGUCCCGGGCCUUCUCCAAACGCACAUAUGGCGGUGCUACCCCCAAGAACAACUCGCCAACAUACAUCCCGCCUUCUGUUUAUGAAGGUAGGCACUACCAUGAUGGAAACUUGGAUCCGUCCUCCGCGGCUUUGGCUGCUUCUUCCCAUUUGACCGCUUCGAUGAAUAGUGGUUUACAGCAUUCACCAGGCGUCCCUUCACCAACCUCUCCGAAUGCGCAUACCACCCAACAUCAAACCCUCAACUCUCGAUCAUACUCUCAGCCUAGUUCCACUGCCAGUCGCAUGAUGCAUGAUCAUCCCGAGGAGACUCCAAGAGCUUCAUCCCGGUCAGAUCGACUCACGCCCAGUCAGCUGCCGACUGCUCGCACGGAAACCCCGUCUUCCGCAUCCCGAGUCGAUCCUCGAUCUGGUGCUGGUGCUGGUGCUGGCCCCUCAAGUGUCGAAAUAUUCAAAUCAUUCCGUGUGUCUUGGGAAGAUCCCUGCUAUAAAGUUCUCCCUGCCGCCCUCAGGAAGUACAAUAUCCACCAUGAUCCGAAAGAUUACGCACUAUACAUUGUAUACGGUGACCAGGAAAGGUGCCUAGGACUGGACGAGAAACCACUCUUACUCUUCAAGCAACUGGAAAGAGAGGGACGCAAGCCGAUGUUUAUGUUGCGAAAAAUUCACCCGGACAAUCCUUACGGAGCGACUCCCGGCUCGGCUCCUAACAGUGCUGGCUUUGAAGGUGGGAGACAGGGACAGAUCAAUUUACCAGGAGGUGUCCUGUAA